UUCCAUGUACCAGCUAGUCUACUCCUGCGUAUCUGGAUCCCAGAAUGUGAGCAUGAAGGCUGCCCAAUGAAUAUGGCUUGCUCCACCAAAAGCCACUCUUCACUAGGUUGCUUAUCUGACUGAACUAAGGCUUGUUCGCUAAUUGCGACAUCCAAUGAGAUAUAUUGAUACCUUGUAUUGUUCAACAACCAGUUGUUUUCAAGAGAUCCACUUGAGUUAUGGUUGUUGUUCUGUAUGCCCACACAAAAAAAACCAGCUCUAGUUGCACACCAUUCCAGAAGAUCGGAGGGUUUACAAACGGAUUGUACUCCGUACGAGCCCAUCCCGGUAGCGAAUUGGAGGACGUUUGUCCGCAUACAAUAAUACCCAUCAGUCGGACAGAGAAACGUCCGGCAGAUUGGAACCAACAUAGGAUGGACUUCAACUUCGCCGUCCUCAUUGCGGCGCAGGAAACAGCCUACCUGGUCUUGCUCCGCAGAGGACGUGGACCUCCGUUGCCGAUAUCCGAUGAUUUCAUAUUAAUCGUUUGUGUGUGUGUGUGUGUGCUCCGAGGAUGGGAAGGUCUCUGCAUGUACCUAAGCCUGAGGAAUUUUUCCCCCACUGAGUCGGUCGUGGUCGGACUUCCGGCUGUGACAGCACCAAUGAGAUGCAUCAGGUUAUCUACCAUCCGUGAAUCAAAGGACGUCGUGCCACCGCACCUCCUCCUUCUGCCUAAAGAUGCUUGGUAGCAGCUGAGGCGUCGGUGACGGAUCUGCGACAAUGUGGCUUUGCUCCUGUUUGCUUUUCCCUUCCAACAUGACCCUAUUCGGAGGCCGUGUUUUGAGUUGCGUACUACCAGCAGCCAUCGCGUGUGCUGCUGCUGCAUGCGAAUGUCACUGGCCGGAAGAAUAAAAAUCUCCUUUGGUGUGAAACAGCAUAGUAUGUUUGAUGGGAACGGGAAGAAAUGUCACAAUGGCUAUAAGACGGGAUACGUUUGUUAGACAUUGAUAUUACCUGCAGGUACCAUGAUCAGUGACAGACAGACCACGCGAUGACAGCUAAGCUACGGUUGUCUUUCAGCAUGCUUCAGUCCUGGGCGGAUGCGCUGCCACGUUCUGUCUUGGAGAUGAUGGGAAAACUCUUGGGCGCCCGCAAAGGCGUAAGGCCCCAUCUCGCCAUGUUCGGGCCUGCACAAAAGAGGAUAAAGAGAACGGAGCGCAUUGUAGUAUCCAAUCUCGUCAAAGCGUGCGAGUGCAUUCGCCUGUACGCGGUAC